AGAUAUUUAACGACCAGAGAAUAGUGUGUGAUAUAAAUAUUGAGCUAGAGUAAAAAAAAAAUCCAAAGAUGUGUUAGCAUUGCAAACAAGUAAUCGUUAUUUACUCUUCUAAUCUUCUCAGUUGGCUUGGCGAUGAAAUCAUAAAAUGAAAAAAAAUUAUAACAAAAAAUUGGUUUGCUUAGAAAUUUAAAGCUAAAUGGCAAUAUAUUCAUCAUAUGUGUUGUGAGUGAUUUGACAUUUAUAUUGUUUUCAACAAAAUUUGAGUGAUUUCCAUCGAUGGGAUUUCCGUUGGGUCAUACCAACAAGUAUGACGUAUUAAUUCUGUCAAAAAAAUCUAGAAGAUCAGAAUUUCGUCGAAUAAGUCUUACAUGAAUGCAAUCAAGGGACUCAUAUUCGUAGCUUACAUGGAGCAACGAACAUAUACAACGAAUGAAAAGCCUUAGAUGUUUAGCUCAUUCCAUCGAGAUGUGUAUGUGCAUUAGUAAUCUCUGAUAACAAUUAUCCAUUAAAACAUGCCCUGAUUUGAAUGAUGACUCUUCGAAGAUGAUGCGAAAGAGAAUAUUAAAUAGCAAAAUAUUGAGAAAUGCCAUCAAUUAUAUGUUCGUGUGCGUUUUCCAUUCGCAAUGCGUCGUUCCUACAGUGUGUGUGUGUAUGCUGACUGGCUGCCAGUUUAUUUUUUCGUACACCAUGCGUGUGCACCGCUUGUUGAAAGAGUAAUAAAUUCCAUUCUUAAAUGGUCUUCUUCGAUUUGCUUUAAAUGUUUGUGCAUCUGUACCUACCUUUCCUCGCUCCCUCUCUGAAUGUGUGUUUUUUUCUUAAUUGUACACCUCGUUUUUUGUGUCUUUUCUGUACAAUUAAAAUAUUUAGACGCACGCAGAAGAUGAACAAGCUAAUGAACCUCGUUCGGGGUCAUAAGAACCACCAGCAGCAGCAGCAGCAAUAUCACACAAUUCGUCAUCCACUCUAAACUCACAAAGAUUAAUGUCCGAUGCUUUAGAUGCUUAUCAAUUUCAACUUCAACAGAUUAUGAAAACUUUUACUGCCGGCAUUUUUUUUAUCGUUCAUUCGUAUUCGGUUACUCAAAAGAAUGAAAAGAAGUAAAAAAAAUAAAUAAAAAAAAAAUACCGUUCUCCAGCCGGUCAAAUUUUGUAAAGAAAUGUGGAGUAGAAAAGAAGGAAAAUGAAUUAAACGAUGCAUACAAAGCUUUCCAAUAAAUCACGAUGAGCAUAAUUUGAAUCACAUUUUGACUAAAUUGACCGAGAGAUUAGUUGUUGUUUUUUUCUUCGUUCGCAUGUGUUUUUCUUUGUUGUUUCUUGCUCGCUUUUGACAGACGGCACUAACUGAUCGCCCAAGAUUAAUAUACAACACAAUAAAACUUGCUUAUGUUUCGUGUUAUUUAUUAUCCAUUUGGCAAAUGAAUUCAUAAAUUAGUUUGCAGUAGCUUUUGUUACUGACACACCAUAUCAGCCGGUGACUGAGUCUAGCCACUCGACCGAUUAUUGAACCACUCAGAAUUUGAUUGUCUACAUUUUUUGCAUCAAAUGAGCUGAUCUGGAGGUUUUUGUUAAGCAGCUCACAAAUGACCAUUUGAACUUUGUCAAAGUACAAUCAACUGAGUGCUAAUUCAUUGGAAGUUAAAGUCUCGCAACGAAAUGAACAUAAUGUAACGAUUUAAGAAUUUGAUUCAUCUGUCAUCAAGUUGUUUGAUGAUGAGAAGAAGAGAAACACUUGCAUCGCGUCUCUUACAAUCAAAUUGAGUGUAUUAACGAUGGAAAAAAUGCCACUGACACCAAUUUGCUAAUUAUUAACACGUCAAAUCGUCGGAGCUGUAGCUCAACGAAGGACAUGAACAUUACUAAGAAGAACAUUAUACUAUGGAAUCCUCCGUAUCGUGACUGGCUAACAACACUCCAGAGGCCAAGUUUUAUUUCAUUUGUGUGUUACAUUUUUGCUCGGUGCAUGUGAAUUAUUCAUGUUUGCAAACGUUUUAUUAGUUGAAACUUUGGCAAAGAGGACGGAGGCAAGCCGCUGCUGGUUGAUAAAUUAGAUUCGUUUCGAAAGGGUUUCCGACACCGUGCACAGAGAAAGAAACAAGGUCUAACUCUCAGACAUUCAUUGGCGUUGCGACCGAAACGUGUGGAGUGCAACAACAGUGACAUUGAAAUAUUAAGAGAUCAUUUCAUCAAACGUACCGUGAUCAAUCGACAAAAAAACCACUCACAAUUAGCCGUCGGUCCGUGACUGUUUGCCGUGUGAGGUGAGGCGAAUAGAUAACAAUAGCAAAACAAAACACACACAAAACAAAUAGAGGAAAAAAAUGUGAAUCGCCACCAACUACAAUAAUUUGAAUGCGCUAAUAAAUGCAGAUAUAAUGAGAAAACCUCACAAGUAUUCGACGAUUUGGAUACGCUUGAUAGGUGCAGGAAAGUCGAAAGCAAUUCACACACGACCAAUAAAUUUUAAGGUGCCGUCGUUAUCAUCAUCGAUAGCAUCAUUAACUGUGAAAGAGUCUGACAACUGUGUGGCCGUGCUUUGAAAGCAGCUACAGCAAAUUACAGUGGUGGAAAAUUGAAGGGAAAAAUUAAGAAUUCCAAACGCACACCAACCACGCGUCGAUCAACAACAACAACAAUACACGACAAUUAGUGAAAAUUAAACAAGUUUUUAGAUUUAAUACAAGAGAGAAAAUAAGAAAAUGAAAAUGUUCGUUGCACCCAAUUUCGUUCAGCAUAAUCGUUUACUUCGAUUGGUCAUGCUAUUGAUCAUCGUUGGCCUAUCAAUAUUCUUGUACACAUCAUACUAUGCAAAUCAAACCGAACGAUAUAAUCCAACGUCACAACGUUUUCAAAUGCCAUCACUGAUAUCCGUGUCAUCGAUGCUGGAUUCGGAUGGUGGCGGUGGCGGCGGUGGCGGCGGUGGCGUUGACAAUACAUUCCAGAGCAAUGCAAUUGACGACAACAGCAUUAGUAGCAGUAACAAAUUGAUUGAGCCAUCGGGCGUCGGUCCACAAUUAAAACAACAGUUGCUAGGCAACACAAAUGAUAAUUUAAGUAAUAGUUUAGCGCAUUUUAAUGUCAAUAAUAAUGUACAGCAAGCUAAUUUGGCAGGUGAUGGAUCAAAUUCAUCCGAUCUACCAUCAUCAUCGUCAUUAUCACUUCCAGCGUCUAUAGCGGCAGCGGCCAUAUUUCAACCAAAAAACAUUUCUAAUAAUAAUAGCUCAUCGUAUGCACCAACGUCAAAUGUGAUGCCCGUAGGAAAAGUGGCCGAAAGUGUAUCCGAUCAACAACAACAACAGCAGCAACAACAAAAGCAAUCAUCAGCAUCGGCCAUAAAUAGCAAUAGUCAUCAGAAUACGAGCGUCAAAACGCCACAUCUGGAUACGGCAAAUGGCGUGCGUACAAGUGAUUUGUACGAAUCUGGUCAUUUUGAAGCAAACAGCGAUCUAUGCGGUUCCGAUGCUGGCGAACACAUACGUUUGUUAAUUUUGAUAACAUCGGCGCCGACGCAUCGCGAUGCUCGUCUUGCCAUCCGCCAAACAUGGGGCCAUUAUGCGUCACGGCGUGACAUUGCAAUGGCAUUUGUGCUCGGUGCAACGAACAUUCAAUCGAUUGAAGAUUCGCUGGAAGCCGAAUCCUAUAUGUACAGUGACAUUAUUCGUGGUCGUUUCAUAGAUAGCUACAACAAUUUAACAUUGAAAACCAUUUCAUCGCUGGAAUGGGUCGAUACGUACUGCUCACGUGCAGCAUAUAUACUCAAAACCGAUGACGAUAUGUUCAUCAAUGUACUGCGAUUGAUGGCAUUCAUCGAUAAACAUCGACUGGAAGAACGACAAAAAAUCAUUUUUGGAAGACUAGCAAAAAGAUGGAAGCCGAUUCGUAACAAACGUUCCAAAUACUAUGUAUCGCCGCAACAGUAUUUCCCAUCUGUAUUUCCACAAUUCACAACUGGCCCCGCCUAUUUGAUCAGCGGUUCGGCGAUCCAUGAUUUGUAUACAAAAGCCCUAGAACAAACCUAUUUAAAAUUAGAAGAUGUAUUCACAACGGGUAUCGUUGCACAAUUGGUCAAUGUGAAACGCAUCCAUGUCAACGAAUUCCUAAAUCGUCGCAUCGCAUUUAAUCCAUGCAAUUUACGGAAAGCGAUUAGCAUCCACAUGGUCAAAGCUAAUGAACAAUUUGACCUAUGGAAAAAACUAAUGGACACUAAUACAAAGUGUAAAUAAAUUUUUCAGACUAAGACUUUAGAUAUUUUCCUGACACUAAAGACUAAACUGAGCAACAAAAAAAAAUAGAAGAAGCAGUUGAACAAUAUAAUGUGAAUGAAAGAAAAAAAAACUCUUUGGACGCAGUGAUUGAAUAUCUAUCGACCAAACCAAUUGAUUAAUUUAUGUUAAGAUAUGAUAAACGGAAUUUGUCCCUCCCAAAAAUGAUAUAUAUAUAUAUAUACUAGUAAAAAAAGAGCAUGUCGCGUCAAAAAAAAAAAAAUCAGAGAGAUAGACCGACACAAAACACCGAAAUAUUGGAAUUUCAGUUCUAAAAUUUAAAGCAAAUGAACAAUUCCAGGAGGGAAUGGAUUAUAUUUUUAACUAAAGCAAAGAAACAAUUGCAUCAGCGAUAUGAUAUUUCUAACUCGAAAUUUCACGUCUGUUAAAUGACGAGAAAAAUGCAUGAUAUUAUGGUAUUGCCAACACAUGCGACGUACAUCCAGAAUAGAAAUACUUCUGAGGAAUAUUUGAAAAACUGGAAAAGAAUUAUUUGAAGAGAAAACUGAAAAUAUUUAAAGAAAAAAAAAAUUGGUAUUCCGUUAAAAAAUCAAGCAAAUAACAGUCGUUCGACAAUCGAACGCGAGAAAAUACACAUAGAACAUAAAGUGGGACCAAACCGUAAAUCACAUUCAAUUAUUUGUAUAGCCACGUUUCGGAAGUUGUUGUUUUUUUUUCACUCGUCCAAAUUCUCGUUGGACUAGAUCACACUCUCUUUUUUUUAAGGAAAUGAUACACAAACAAUGAUGACACAACUACUUUGUGUAAUUAAAAACUGGCAAUAAAUUUUUUUUCUUAAAAAAGGCAAAAUUACAACUUCUCUUUAGAAAAAAAUGACAAAUAGAGACAAGUCAGAUUCAAUGUUAAUCAUCAAAACACUCAUUUUGCACUCAGUUGACAUUUAUGGAAAAAUAGAAAGAGCAACAAGAAAAAGCCGUAAAACACACGACAAUAAUCAAGAAGCAAAAAAAUCAAUGACAAAAAACAAAA